AUGGCGCCCACCCUGGUGGAGCAUGUUGUCGCUGACGCUGGAGCAUUUUUGAAGAAAUCCCCCUUGCAGGAGAUUGGCAGGAACAUCUACACCCUGAGAGAUGUAGUGAACGAGAUCAGAGACAAACCCACCAGGAGAAGCCUGGCCGUCCUACCAUACCAGCUCAACUUAAAAGAACCACACCCUGAGCACAUCCACACAGUGACUGAGUUCUCCAAGAAGACCGGAGACUACCCAAGUCUGUCUGCCACUGACAUUAAAGUCCUGGCUCUGACAUACCAGUUGGAACUGGAACAUGUCGGCUCACAACACCUGAAGAAAGAGCCGGUGGUUAAGGUGAAUAUUCAGAGCACACAGCGUCACCCUGAGACACCAGUUAAUGUUGCAGGAUUUCACUUUCCCUCCAAGUGUUUUCAGAGACCUGCAGGCAGCUCAAAAGUCCAAGAGACUGUGACUGAAACAGAAACAUCGACUACAGCCGACUGCGAACAGUUUAACAGUUUUCAUUUCUGGAGAGAGCCGCUGCCUUCCAUUGACGCCGACCUGCUGGAUUUACUGGAACCAGCGGACGUUUUAACAUCAAACAAAACACAGAAGACAGAGACAAACAUACCGACGUCCUCUGUGACGGCCGACAGCGAACAGUUUAACAGCUUUAACUUUUGGAGGGAGCCGCUGCCGUCGUUCGAUGACGAGCUGCUGGGUUUACUGAAAGAGGAUGGUGUGUCAGGCAGCAGGUUGGACACAUCACUGCACUCAGAGGAUGAGGAUGACAAAGAGAAUGAGCCCGAUGAGGAGGAAGAGGAUGAAGAUGAUGAUGACGGAGGUGGCUGGAUCACUCCCAGUAACAUCAAACAGGUGAAGAUGGACUCAGCUGAUUGGACGGCUCCAGCUGACAUCAAAGUCGGAUGUCUGACCACUGACUUUGCCAUGCAGAACGUUCUGAUCCAGAUCGGACUUCAUGUUCUCUCUGUUAAUGGGAUGGUUAUCAAACAGGCGAGGAACUUCAUCCUCCGAUGCCACGCCUGCUUUAAAACAACAAGCAACAUGAGCAAAGUUUUCUGCCCUCACUGCGGGAACUCUACGCUGAAGAAGGUGGCGGUGACGGUCAAUGAGGACGGCAGCAAGCAGAUGCACUUCUCCAGAAACCCCAAAGUGAUGAACCCCAAGGGGCUCAAGUACUCACUGCCUCUGCCUCAGGGGGGGAAACACGGCAGCAACCCUCACCUGACUGAGGACCAGCGUUUCCCCCAACAGAGACUGUCCCGAAAAGCGCGUCAGAAGACCGACGUCUUCAACCCGGACUACGUGGCCGGAUCCUCGCCGUUCUGUGAGAACGACAUCUACAGCCGUGCCGCCAACCUCCAAAUCCGGGACAGUCAGUGCGGCGGGGGCAGGCGACGGGCCAACCCCAACACCGCACGCAAGAAGUUCGUCAAAAAGAAGUGACGGACAUUUAUUUGGACACAAAACCACACCUUCAACAAAUCUGUGACAUGAGGGAUUCAGACUGGAGACUGUUUUUCCAAAUCAGCCACUAGUGUUUCCAAGAAGAAGGAGUCAAAUCACUGAUGGAUGAUUUGGAAAGUGUGACGGGUUCAGCUCAGAAAACAAAACCAGCAUUUUUCUAAUAUUUGCUCAAAAGCUUUGUUUCCGGUAAACAGUCAUACAGAGUGUUGUGUUGAGAUUGACUUAUUAAUAUCAUUUAUCUAUAUUAAUAUUCAAAUAAAUGUUAGACUUGACAAUAUGG